AUGGUAAACUAUCUGGCGACUGCUUUGAGUGCGGAGCAGAUCACAGAAUAUAAAGGAGUGUUUGAGAUGUUUGACGAGGAAGGGAACGGAGACGUGAAAACAACAGAGCUGGAGCGCUUGAUGAGUCUGGUGGGGAUAAACCCCACCAAGAGAGAACUGGUGCAGAUGGCCAAGGAUGUAGACAAAGACGGCAAAGGAACCUUUAAUUGCGACAGUUUCCUGGGUCUGAUGGCUUUGUACCACGAGAGGGCGAAGAACCAGGACGCUGAGCUGCGUGCCGCAUUCAAGGUUUUCGACAAGGAGGCAAAAGGCUACAUCGACUGGGACACCCUCAAGUACGUGCUGAUGAACGCAGGGGAGCCCCUCAACGCCCAAGAGGCCGAACUGAUGAUGAAAGAGGCUGAUAAGGACGGAGAUGGAACCAUCGAUUAUGAAGAAUUCGUGGCCAUGAUGACUGGAGACUCUUUCAAGAUGACCUAA